GCCCUGGCAUCAUUUUUGAGGAAUUUUGGGGUCUUUGAGAUGGGGGAAGCUAGAGAACUACAGCUCCAGAUCAUGGGUCAGGAAGCCAGAGAAGAGAACUCUGCUGAAGGAAAUGUGGUUCUCCAAACAAUGACACCGAGAAUCAGAAAGUAUAUGUGGUGGCUCCAAAUCGCCAUCUAUUCGCUUUUUGUCCUCUCUGGCCAGACAGUUGCUACCUUGUUGGGAAGAUUGUACUUUGAGAAAGGUGGAAAAAGCAAAUGGUUGGCAACACUAGUGCAACUUGCAGGUUUUCCAAUCCUCCUCCCCUUAUACUGUCUCUCACUGCCCAAAAGUCCCAGGACAAGUGAUAGCCACACAAGCCAACCUUCAGCCUUAGUCCUUCUGCUGCUUUAUGUCUCCCUCGGCAUUCUUCUAGCAGGAGACUGCAUGAUGUAUUCAGUUGGUCUCUCAUAUCUGCCUGUCUCUACUUAUUCACUCAUUUGUGCAACUCAACUGGCCUUCAACGCUUUCUUUUCCUUCUUCCUCAAUUCACAGAAGUUCACCCCUUUCAUAGUCAAUUCUCUAGUUCUUCUCACCACCUCCUCAACUCUCCUUGUAUUCCAAACUGGUGAUUCUUCAGAUCCCAAGAGAGUAGCCAAAGGAAAGUAUAUUAUAGGGUUCUUAUGCACUCUUUGUGCAUCUGCUGGAUCAGGAUUGGCGCUUUCCCUGAUACAGCUCAGUUUCCAGAAGAUUUUAAAAAGGGAGACUUAUACAGUGAUCUUGGAUUUGAUAAUCUACCAGUCUCUAGUUGCAACCUGUGUUGCCAUGGUGGGACUUUUUGCCAGUGGAGAUUGGAAGAGUCUGAAUAGAGAGAUGGGGGACUUUGAACUGGGGAAAGUAUCCUAUCUCAUGAUUUUGCUUUGGACAGCCGUGGGGUGGGCAGUUUUUUCUGUGGGUCUAUUCGGAUUGAUUUUUGAGGUGUCUUCCCUCUUCUCCAAUGUGAUUAGUACUCUGGGAUUGCCUAUCGUUCCAGUUCUAGCAGUAGUUUUUUUCCAUGACAAGAUGGAUGGAGUGAAGGUGAUUGCUAUGUUGUUGGGAAUUUGGGGUUUUGUUUCAUAUAUUUAUCAACAUUAUUUAGAUGAUUCCAAGGCUGAAAAUACAAACGUUGAUUAAGUUUCCUACAGAAGAGGUUCAUAGAUGAAUUAGACAAGCUUGGUUGCAGUGAGACUAUUAAAGUUGCUUUCUUCCUCAAUUACUUUUCCUAGAUAAAAACUUCCUUCUCUUGAGCUGCUGUCCUGAAAAUGAAAUGAUUCCUCAAGAUCACCUCGUAUUUAUUUGAUUAACAAUCUAACCAGAGACUCAUAAUCCAUGUUUGCAGCAUCAAACAAGGAGCAAAACAAAAAAGGUUGCUACCAAGGUGGCUGAAAGGAAUAGAACCAUCUGCAUAAGGCUACUAAAAUGCUAUUAAAAUGAUGUGGUAAAGGCCAUUGAUAAUGGAAUAUCUAUCAACUAACAAGAUUAGGAAAAC